AUGGCAGUACGCAAACCAUUAACACAUUUUACCACCCCCCUUGGCUCAGGGGCAGGUGUGCCUAAAAACAAGAGGCCACCUAAAGUUCAUGACUCUGCCACGAGACUUUUGAAACCUUUCCAAGUGCCAUUCAAGACGCGACUGGAGACCGUGUCUGGUAUAGUAUCGCGUCGCCCUGUACGUUCAUCCAGAAAAUUCACAAACUAUGCAGUCGAGGACUUUGGAAAUGGCUCUGCAGAUGAUGAGAAUGUCAAUGAAAGUGGUGAUGUGGUCAAGUGCAAGAGAUUUGGCGCGUUGCUUCCACGAUCAAUCAAUAGUGAUGGUCGACGUGAUGUCAUUGAUAACAAAAUCAAACGUUCGUUUACUGUCCCAUUUUCCAAAGAUAACGCUAAAAAGGAUGAAAUGAUACGUGGUCCCCCACCUCCGUUGGGCACAAAAGUGCGGCCUAUUAUCCCACCGCGUGCCCUUCAUGAUCCAAUGAGUGAAUUUGCUAUUGUCUUGUAUGAUCCUACCGUUGAUGUGAUACCCAAGACCCCAGAAGAGGAGAAAAAGAUUGAAGAGUUGGAUCUGUCAGACACGUCAAUGAAUCUGGAAAUGGAUGAACGGCCAGCAAAGAGAAGAAAAACUCAUAAGUCUUUGGCGGAGAUAUUAGGUAUAGUGACCAACCCCGAAGCGAAACUAGCACAAUACCCCAAUGUCCCUGUUGUUAUUGAUCCCAAGCUAGCCAAGAUUUUACGUCCGCAUCAAAUUGCCGGUGUCAAGUUCCUUUAUCGAUGUACUGCUGGAUUAAUGGACCCCAAAGCUAAAGGGUGUAUCAUGGCUGAUGAAAUGGGGUUGGGGAAAACAUUGCAAUGCCUUACAUUGAUGUGGACAUUACUCAAACAAUCACCCAGGGGAAAGAGAACAAUUGAAAAAUGUAUAAUUGUUUGUCCAUCAUCAUUGGUGCGUAAUUGGGCCAAUGAGAUUGUGAAGUGGUUGGGUGAAGGUGUGUUGACACCAUUGGCAGUUGAUGGGAAAAGCACAAAAUCGAACGAGUUGGGUGCAGCUUUGCAACAAUGGUCCACUGCACAGGGAAGAAAUAUCGUGCGUCCGGUGUUGAUUAUAUCUUAUGAAACUUUGAGAAGAAAUGUUGAUAAGCUCGCUGGUACUGAAGUUGGAUUAAUGUUGGCUGAUGAAGGUCACAGAUUGAAAAAUGGUGAGUCACUAACAUUUACGGCAUUGAAUUCGUUACGAUGUGAACGAAGAGUUAUUUUAUCUGGUACACCAAUCCAAAAUGACUUAUCGGAAUAUUUUUCAUUGUUAAACUUUGCCAAUCCUGGUUAUCUUGGAACCAGAAAUGAUUUUAGAAAAAACUUUGAAAAUGCAAUUUUGCGUGGUAGAGAUGCCGAUGCAACUGAUAAAGAGCGAGAAAAGGGAGAUGCAAAAUUAAUUGAGUUGUCGCAAUUGGUGUCCAAGUUUAUCAUUAGACGUACUAAUGAUAUUUUGUCAAAGUACUUACCAGUCAAGUACGAAUAUGUGUUGUUUACUGGAUUAUCACCAAUGCAAAAGGACUUGUAUAAUCAUUUCAUCACAUCACCCGAGAUCAAGAAGUUGAUAAAGGGUAUAGGAUCACAACCAUUGAAAGCUAUUGGUAUGUUGAAGAAGCUUUGCAACCAUCCUGAUUUGUUGGAUUUGCCCGAUGAUUUAGAAGGAUGCGAGUCUUUGAAACCAGAAGAUUACGAAUCAUCAAUAACAGCCACUGGACGUAGGAGAGACGUACAGACUUGGUUCAGUGGCAAGUUUAUGAUCUUGGAGCGGUUCUUGCACAAGAUUCAUCGUGAGACUGAUGAUAAGAUUGUUUUGAUUUCAAACUAUACUCAAACAUUGGACUUGAUUGAGAAAAUGUGUCGUAACAAAAAGUAUGGUGCAUUGAGAUUAGAUGGUACAAUGAAUAUCAACAAGAGACAAAAGUUGGUUGACAAGUUCAAUGACCCCAAUGGGUCAGAGUUUAUCUUUUUGUUAUCAUCAAAAGCCGGUGGUUGUGGUAUCAAUUUAAUUGGAGCUAACCGAUUGAUUCUUAUUGACCCAGAUUGGAACCCAGCACUGGAUCAACAAGCAUUAGCUAGAGUUUGGCGGGAUGGUCAAAAGAAGGAUUGUUUUAUUUAUCGAUUCAUUUCAACAGGGACAAUAGAGGAGAAGAUUUUCCAACGUCAAUCAAUGAAGAUGUCAUUGAGUAGUUGUGUCGUUGACGAGAAAGAAGAUGUGGAGAGAUUGUUCAGUGCCGAUAACUUGAGACAGUUGUUUAUGUAUCAACCAGAUACUGAAUGUGACACCCACGAUACAUACAACUGUAAACGAUGCAAAAAGGACACAGGACAAUUUAUUAAAGCACCAGCAAUGUUGUAUGGUGAUGCUACUACUUGGAACCAUUUGAAUCACAAAAAAUUGGCUAAUAAUGAGGAUGUAUUGGUUGCAAAUGAAGCACAAUUCAAUGAUGUCUCAUUUGCAUUACAGUAUAUAUCACAUGUAUAA